UGGUUAUCGGGAUCUUAUACACUGUAGAACUCUGGGAUCGCUGUUCGGGAGGAAAUCGUAAGCGUGAAAGGAGGAAAAUGCGACUCUUUACUUUGCUGCAGGUGGCAGUUGUAUUGAUGAUGAUAUCGAUGACGCUGUUCGUUGAAUCGAGAGAGACACGUUUGCGGAGAAAAUUUUCAAAGGAGAGGGAGAGACACGCUUUUCUGAACCACGUUUUAUCCGGUGCCAAUCAUGACGGCCGCCUGAGACCCCACCUAGCUGAAGGAAAGCCAACAAACGUGACAGUGCAGAUAAUGUUAAAUGCAUUUGGUGAAUUCAACGAAGCGGCCAUGGAUUUCUCGGUAGAUCUCAUCCUCCGCCAAUAUUGGAACGACCCGCGUCUUGCAUUCAAGACUUUUAACCUCAACCGAACGACAGCGUUCACGCUGUCUGACAAGAUCCUGAAAGACAUAUGGGUGCCCGACCUUUUCUUUGCCAACGAGAAACACGCAUGGAGACACGAUAUUACGACCCCCAACGUGCUGGUGAGAAUCUCACCGUCCGGGGAUGUGCUUUAUUCACAGAGGAUCAAGCUGAAGCUGGCCUGUCUGUAUGACUUCUUAAAGUUCCCCAUGGACAACCAGACGUGUAAAAUAGAAAUGCGCAGCUGUGAGUUCCAAUAUUCCAUCACAUAUAUUUUCCCUUUUAUUUUAUAA